CUGACUCCAAUGACACUCGCGACUCAUCGCCGUGCUCACCGAGUUUAGCGACGUUGAGGGACACGGGGGGUGGGAUUUGUCGAGUACGAUUGAUGAGUCGGGACGCCUGAGAUUCUACAAAGGUUGCAAGGGAAAAGGACGAUCGAACGACCUCGUCAUGGCCGAUAACGAGCAGAAGGCGUUGCAACUGGUCGCGGAGGCCGAAAGAAAGCUGUCGUCAUCGAAGGGCUUCUUCGGCGCUCUAUUCGGGAGUUCAUCAAAAGUCGAGGAAGCGGUAGAAUGUUAUCAACGGGCAGCAAAUAUGUUCAAAAUGGCAAAGAAAUGGAGUUCGGCAGGGAAAGCGUUUUACGAUGCUGCUGAUUUACACGCAAAGGCGGGUAGUCGUCAUGACGCAGCUAACAAUUAUGUGGAUGCUGCCAAUUGCUUCAAAAAGUCUGAUACAAAUGAGGCGAUUAGUUGCUUGUUAAAAGCCAUCGAGAUUUAUACUGACAUGGGUCGCUUUACAAUGGCGGCAAAGCAUCACCAAAGCAUAGCCGAGAUCUAUGAGAGCGAAGCGGUCGAUUUGGAACGCGCGGUGCAUCAUUAUGAACAAGCAGCGGAUUACUUCCGCGGUGAAGAAAGCAAUUCCUCCGCGAACAAGUGUCUACUUAAAGUUGCGCAAUACGCCGCGCAACUUGAGAAUUACGAUAAAGCCAUUCAGAUUUAUGAACAGGUUGCCUCCACGUCAUUAGAAAGUUCUUUACUAAAGUACAGCGCCAAGGAAUACUUCUUCCGCGCUGCGUUGUGUCACUUGUGCGUGGAUUCGUUGAACGCUCAAUACGCGAUCGAACGUUAUCAGGAGCAGUAUCCUGCUUUUCAAGAUUCCAGAGAGUAUAAACUAAUAAAAGCGCUGAUAGAACACUUGGAGGAGCAAAACCUCGAGGGUUACACAGAAGUGGUGAAGGAGUACGAUUCGAUUUCAAGAUUGGAUCAGUGGUAUACAACAGUAUUAUUACGUAUAAAAAAGCAAAUUAGCGAUAAUUCGGAUCUGCGCUGAUCAGUUGUUUCUCGUCUGCGCUAUUUUCUGGCAACGAUAUUAUUAUUCCAACUUCGUGUAUACUCCUUUUUAAGUCGUGUCCUGCUUUUAGCGGAAACUAAAGUAGUUUUCAUUUUUUAUAUCCGGAUAUAAAUUGCUCAUGUAAUUGCCCCUCGUGCUUUCAAUCGAUUUUCGUUAUUUAUCUGCAGAUCCCUUUAAGUCGUUUUGUUAUCUAUCGAAAUCAUAAAACGUGAUUAUACAAGGAAUGUGAGAGACGAUUACUUCGAACAUUACAGCCUCAUAGUUAUAUUUUUUAUUACGCAAAAUACGCAGUCCUACUAUUAGGUACUUUGGCGAGUAUUAUAUUUUUGUUUUUGUUAGAAAGUAAUUGUUAGUAAGUCUAGAAAACUCUUACCUUGUGCUUACCUUAUUUAUAUAUAUAUAUAUAUAUAUAUAUAUAUAUAUAUCAUUCUUCUGUAAAUGCUUGCUAUCUAAAAAUUAAUUCGAUCAUGAUCCUUUAGGUUCGAAUUUCAAAUAGUAUAUCAUGUUGAUCAAUAUCUUAUUCAAUUUUUUCACCUUUGGCUGACUUGUAACAAACAAGCAAAUACUGUAUAUUAUUUGAAUGUAUAUAAUUUACAUUUAACAGAGGAUGACUUUCCUUUAUUUCUUUAUAAAAACAUAACUACUAAUAUAUUUCAUUUUUAAAAAAUUAUGAGGAGUUAUUCUAUUAUGAAGCACGACUUCGUCAUUUGUUAUCCUUGUAUUGCACUGUUGCUGUUAAGGUAACGAAUAUAAUAAUGUACAUUUAUUUGGUAAAUUUUUCAAUCUUAGUUUAUUUUGUUUCUACCGUGUUUGUUUCCAUCUAGUCCAUCCUUCUCUAUCUUUUGCGUUGUUCGUUUUAUUCGAAAAUAUGGCUGCUACUAUUUAGGUUUACAGUUUGUCGUUUGAAUUAACUCGUAUGCCAGCGCGUACAUUAUACAUAUUCCUUCCCAAUAUUAAACUGACGAUACACACAUUGCUAUAGCCAUUACAGAAUGUUUUUCGCAAUAAUAUUAGUGUCUAAUCUAAUUAGUACGUAUCGCCUAUGGACAAGUGUACUCUUGCAAAACUAUUAAAAGGAAACAAAUAGGGAACACGAUCGCGAAGUGCAUUUAUAGAUGGAAUAAUGAUCGGAUGUAGGGUUUUCUACAUUCUCUUUCCAUGUUCUGUAAUUCGUUUUUAUGGUUCAUUCAUCGUGAGCGAUAUAACGUAGCCGUAAUUUCACGACACAUUGUACGAGUCACCUGAUUUGAUUUAACUUAUGGAGGAUUGAUACGAUAGAUGCAAAACGUAACUAUGAAUGUUAGGGAACUCGAAUGAAUUAAUGCCAUAGCAGUUGCAGGGUACACAUAAGCAUAAAUCUAUAAUUUAGCGAACGUAAUGCUCGAAAUUCAUUUGACGACGAUCGUAUUGAGAAUCUUUGCAUUUUAUAUAAGAGCAGGUAUAUUGGUACGUUUCAAGGAUAUACAAUAUAUAAUAUAAAAAAAUAAAUAAAAUUCCGCUGUUAACUAGGAGUAGUAAGAACUAUUUGCAUGCACAUGAAUAAUGAAACAUGCACUAGCGUAAGCAUAUGUAUACUCAUUAAAGAAGAGGGAGAGGACACGUAUAAUAAAACUUUCAGACUCUACACACAUGGCGUACGUUGUUUUCCGGAAGAAGCGUGCGAGGGAAAAUCAUGCAGAUUAUAUGAAAUCUUUGUAUAGUCCUAAUAUAAGGAUUUACAUGAUAAGCAUUUUAGUAGUUGUUUUAAUUAUGAUGUUUCGCAGAAUGUGUCUACUGUUAUCAUUGCUAACAAUAAUUCAUUUUAUUUCUAGCUUACAGUGAUCAACGCAUUUGAGUUGUACAUUUACCAUGUUUUGCCUAAAACAUUGUGCACUGUUCACACAGGAUUUAACGAUGUCGAUGUGAUCGCUUCAUUGCGCGCGUAUUCGUGCGAUUUGUAUACAUCAGGCACGCUUAUAAAAAUAACAUUAAUUGUGCGUGGCAUCGACAUUUAUAUCGUUAUAUCCUGUACAGUCGACAAUCAUAUGCUUCUACAUAAAUUUGAUAUUUCUUAAAGAAGGGCACUACGUAUUGUUUAAUGUCUGUCUAACUUUAUUUACUCUAGAAUAAUACACAUUAACAAAAUGUUAGAAAAAUGAAAUUCCGAUUUGUUUUGUGUGAUACUGGCAUGAUUUAUUGUUAUACAUAACAGAUCUUUAACAAAGGAUUUAUUCUAUUUCAUAUAUAUAUUGUAUGAUGAAUUGUUUCUUUUUGUUAUGUAUUUAAAUAUGUAUAUGUGGAUAUAUAUAUACUAAUAUUUUUUGUCUGCCAGUUCUAUAAUUUAAUAAGAUAAUGUUACACACACAACAGAAUAUAUACAAUUUACAUACAAACGCAAUUGUAACAAGACAAACUCUUGUGUUUCUUAUAUAAGAUUUUAAUUUUCUACUUAUAUACAUUUUGUUUAUUUUUUGUCCUUUGUAUAUUUGAUUGUUAUAGAUGAGUAAGUAUUAACAAGUUAAAUUUUAAUUUUACCAUUUGAUUGUGUAAUAACUGCUGUUAGUAUUUAUUAUGCAUUUCACAUUAAAAAAUAAAUAUAUGUAA